AUAAUCUCAGCACAUUUCCUACGUCUUGCUGUGGCAUUCCGCAAGUCACGUUCUUCAGCAGACAACGGUACACAUUUUGUUAUGGUUUUACUACUCUACGUACUGCUAUCAUUUACUAUCCGCAACAGAUGCAGUUUCACUCAGUCUACAACAGCGUUCCACCAUGAAGAGAUUGUUUUUGCUACUCUCGCUUCUAGGCGUACAUUUGGAGUUCUCUUUCGGCGACGAACCCAUCCGAAGUGAACUUAUCCAAUUGCAUCAGAGCAUACCGCUGGACCGAUUGCGGAUAUUGCUUGCGGAGUACAUCGUUCAAGAUGCACAAUUCCGGCGGUCUCUCCAGUACAUGCGAAGUCCGGAGUUUGGCGAAGUGUGGAACAGAUUUGUGAACAACGAAAAAGUGCGAGUAUGGUUGCAGUACAUUGACGAUGCGGGGCUGCCGGUAAACAAAGUGUUGGCAAUGUUCACGGACUUCACCGGAACAGCAAGAGUUAAACGAUUCAUUCAGAAGCGGAAAGGAGGUUUAAGUGCUUUCGUUGAUGAUGCAUUGAAAAUCGUGUCUUCGAGUGAAAUGGUGGAGUUUCACGAGAUGCAAAAAAGCUCAAAUCCCCAGUACAAAGAGACGAUAGAUAAGUUGACGGCGCCUGAGUUCGGGCAAAUGAUGAAAGAUAUUCUUGAGGAUCCCGAGGUGAUAGAAAUACAAGAGCAGGUGAGAAAGCAUGGAAUCGAUAUUGCGAAGCUAGUUGAUCUAAUCAAGUCAUUUUUCGGAUGGAAUCAAAUAUUAUGA